CACCUUUGCGUUGCGGCGCUGUGGAGAGAUCCGAGGCAACUCAAACUGCAGUAGCUUUCUAAGCUGUUAUUUCGGCUAGUAGCCAUGGCUCGGUUCGCUACCCUGCUUCUUUUACCGGUUCUCAUUGAAUCGGUAUUAUCAAUUUCAUUCUUUUUACCGGUAAAUUCAAGGAAAUGUUUACGGGAAGAGAUCCACAAAGACGUGCUGGUCACGGGGGAGUAUGAAAUCAGCGACCAGUCCAACACAAAGACCAACCUGAAGAUCACAGACUCGUCGGGACACAUCCUAUACUCAAAGGAAGGUGCAACGAAAGGGAAGUUUGCCUUCACGACAGAGGAUUAUGACAUGUUUGAAGUGUGCUUUGAGAGCAAAUCGCCCAUGGGAACUGGGAGGAUCCCCGACCAGCUGCUUAAUCUGGACAUGAAGCACGGAGUGGAGGCCAAGAACUAUGAAGAGAUCGCCAAAGUGGAGAAGCUGAAGCCCCUGGAGGUGGAGCUAAGGCGACUGGAGGACCUAUCCGAGUCCAUCGUCAAUGACUUUGCCUACAUGAAGAGGAGGGAGGAGGAGAUGAGGGAUACCAACGAGUCCACCAACACACGCGUCCUGUACUUCAGCAUCUUCUCUAUGUGCUGUCUGAUUGGCUUGGCCACCUGGCAGGUCUUCUACCUGCGCCGCUUCUUCAAGGCAAAGAAGCUGAUUGAGUAAAGAGGCAUCACCACUACACCCAGGGGGAGCAGCCAAUGCUACCCGAUCAACCUUCACCCUCCUCGGACUAUGGCUUUGUCCAAAAUGACACCCUGUAUUGUGUACUACUUUUGACCAGAGCCUCCAUAGGCUGAAGUUUUUGCCCGAAAGCCUGUAGACUCUAGUCAAAAGUUGUGCAUUAUACAGGGAAUAACCAGGGCACCGUUUCGGACCUAUCCAAUAAUGACAAAACAAAGGGUUGUGCAGAACAACUCUACUAGUUUCGGUGGUGUGAGACGGCACCAAGGAGUAGCCUAAUUCUCUGAAAACUAUACACACCUGUGGCUCAUUCAGCAGAGUGAAAUUAUUCUAUUUUUUUUUUCAAAGGUAGAAAUGUAGAAUGUACACAGAUUUAUCAUCAGAGAG